AAACAACAUGCGAGAGCUUCAAAUUCUCACGAAGCGGGAGCCGAAGCAGCCAUGGCCGCCCCACUUUUCGAAACUUUGACACAGGGUGACCCACAAUAUGACUCACGGGAUCCAAAUUAAUAUCAAAUGGGCUUUAGACGUCAUGUUUGGCUACAUUGCCGCUGGUCGACUGGUUCAAACGGAUUGCCAGCAAGUCAGCGAAACUCAAUUUGCGUUUGUCGUUCCAGACGUCGUCAGUGUCAAUCACAUCGUUGUGUUCCUUACCGGCACAGCGCCUCUGCCGGACGAGUUCGGAGCAGCUAUUUAUCUUGGAUGGCCCGGACCGGAAACGAUGUGGCAAUAUCUCGGAUUCAUAGCCAAUCAGAAGCCGAGCGCCAUUUUUAAGCUUGGACGGUCGAGGCCUACCAGUAGAGACUCAGUGGCUGUACCGUUUGGCAGUGCAAUGUUUGCAUCUCAUUUGACGGCUGCUCAGAUUGGAAUCUCUGUGGAACCGCUAAUUCAGAUUGAACAGAUGACACCGAUUACUCACUCGGCUCCCUCUGUGCACGACUCGUUUAGUCUCUUGGCUGCCAAGAUGUUGGAGAACUUUUCUGAAUUUGCUGCAUCAUUUGCAGUGACACAAGAACAGAUGGUCCCAAUGCCCAACCAGCCGUUUAUACCUGUGCAAGUGUUGAACGAUUGGGCUACUCGAUUUGACAAACGUCUAAGAGAGGAUCCAGAUUUUUGGAAAUCGUAGGACGUGGAUGACUUGGUUGCAUCUGUUGAGAUGAGUUGGACUUAUACACAUUACAGUAUGGAUGCACUCUCUAUGUAGGAAAACAGAAUAGGCUGCAUGUAUGGAUCCACAGUGCAGAUAGCUCGUCUUCAUACAGUUUGAUAUGAAGUCGUAUGUGGCUGAUUUGGUUGCCAAUAACAAAUCAAUCUGGAAUGAUAUUGUUAUACAAUGUAUAUACAGAAUUAUUGUGAAAUGUUGUUGUGUAAAACAUCAAUUGAUAUUGAUGGUUUUAAUCUAUUUUUUAUCUUAGCAUUCUAAAGUACCAGGAGAUAUGAUUGCCAGUGUAGC